CUCACUUUCACGGUCACCGCAAUGGCUGAGGCCGCAGGAAGCGGAAGAGAGACCGGAAGUAGCCUCUGAGGGGAAAAUAACCCUAACAACAACUGUGCUACCCCGUAGGCUCCAAGGGGUCCCCUCCCCACAGACAUAGGGGCAGCGCCGGGGACCCCCGCGAACAAGGUGGCCGCACGGCUGUAGCAGGGGCCAUCAAGAUGUCCGAGAACCAGGGGAACAUCCCCCUCAAUAACACCAAUGGAAACCGGGUGCGGACUCCAAACUUGAACCAAAACCCACUGAUUAAUGUGAGGGAUCGCCUGUUUCAUGCCCUUUUCUUUAAGAUGGCGGUCACCUAUGCGCGGCUCUUCCCACCGUCUUUCCGUAGAAUUUUUGAAUUCUUUGUCCUACUUAAGGCCCUUUUGGUGCUCUUCAUCCUUGCUUACAUCCACAUUGCAUUUUCCCGGUCUCCCAUCAACUGUCUGGAGCAUGUGCGUGAUAAGUGGCCUAGAGAUGGGAUCUUGCGAGUGGAAAUCCAAUUGAAUUCGAGCCGUGCACCUUUUUUUCUACAAUUCUAUGACAGCGAUACUUUCCCUGGUCUGGUGAAAGAGCCGUUAGGCGAGGAAGAUGGAGAAGAGGAUGAGGAGGAAAUGAGUGUGGAUAUGUACCAGAAUAGCUCUAUCAAGUUUGAACUUGACAUUGAACCCAAGGUAUUUUUAAAGCCGUCGCUUGAUAGUAUGACACGAGCCUCCGACAAUCAGAGCCAGGGGCUAUCUUUCAGUGAUGCUGCCAGUAAAGUGUGGCCACAGGAGGAGUACAUAGUGGAGUAUUCACUUGAAUAUGGAUUUCUCCGGCUGUCCCAAAGCACGCGGCAGAGACUCAACAUUCCUGUUAUGGUGGUGACACUUGACCCAACCCGGGACUUGUGCUUCGGAGACAGGUUUAGUCGUUUUCUACUGGACGAGUUUCUAGGAUACGAUGAUAUUCUGAUGUCAAGUGUGAAGGCCUUGGCUGAAAAUGAGGAGAACAAGGGGUUCCUGAGGAACGUGGUUUCAGGGGAACAUUACAGAUUUGUCAGUAUGUGGAUGGCGCGCACCUCAUACCUUGCAGCAUUUGUUAUCAUGGUUAUAUUUACUCUAUCAGUCUCUAUGCUCCUGCGGUAUUCUCACCAUCAAAUAUUUGUCUUUAUUGUGGACUUGCUGCAGAUGUUGGAGAUGAAUAUGAGUAUUGCAUUCCCUGCUGCCCCUCUGCUCACUGUGAUACUGGCACUUGUAGGAAUGGAAGCCAUCAUGUCUGAAUUCUUCAAUGACACUACCACUGCCUUCUACAUUAUCCUCAUAGUGUGGCUUGCCGAUCAGUAUGAUGCCAUUUGCUGUCACACGAACACCAGCAAGAGACACUGGCUCAGGUUCUUCUACUUGUAUCAUUUUGCUUUUUAUGCCUACCACUAUCGCUUCAAUGGACAAUACAGCAGUCUGGCCCUGGUCACAUCCUGGCUUUUUAUUCAGCACUCAAUGAUCUAUUUCUUCCAUCACUAUGAACUUCCUGCCAUCCUCCAGCAGAUCCGAAUCCAGGAAAUGCUUCUACAGAACCAGCAGGCUGGUCAGAAUCAGACUAGUCUUCAGGACAAUUUGAACAACAACACAGCAACUGAGCCAUCCAUUGUAUCCCCACCUCCUGCUACUGGACUUGCUCUCCAGCCAACAACAGCCAGCUUGGGAGCUGCAGGUGUGUUUUUAACAGACGACAACUCUGGUAUGGGCAGAGCUGCAACACAGCCUGUAGAAAAUGGUGUGCCUGAUGUGUUUCCUCCACCUGAAGAACCAGCUCAAGAAGCUGCUGGAAGCCAGUCUCCAGGACCUGGUACAGCAGCAGUGACGCAAACUGGAGAUCCUCCUCUCAUUCUGCCUGCUGCUACACCUGAUAAUAGCCCCAAAAAACUGACUGAGGGUCAAGUGGAAGAUAUGUCGCUCUCCACAGACUGUAUCCCCCUAAGAUUUCUGGUUACCAGCCAUGACAUAGAGCAAAGCAAUCUCUCAAGAUCAGUCUCGACAGAGCUGCUGGCAGAAGCUAAUGCUCCUCAGCCAAGUGCAUUUACAGAGCAGCUGGCUGGGGACUAGCAAGUCUCCAUUCCAAAUAUUCUGCUUGUUGCCCUUCACGUUUGGAAGAAGUGCACUUGUCCUAACCAGGAGUUGUACAGACAUUUUUUAUCCUUCCACUGUUGGUGCAAGAGGCCUGCAGCGCAUUCAAACUAGUGCACGCGUGUGUACACGCACACAGACUAAUUUGCUUAAGUUUUUUUUUUUUUUCCCACUCAUGUAAAUGAAAUGCCACAAAACAAACCAGAAUCUAAAUUAAAAUGAAUAACAGGACAUAUAAUCUUUUCUAAUUUUUUUUUCUAGAAUGAUGAGUUUUGUGGGAGUGUAUGUUAAGUACAUGUAUUUUAUAUACAUAUGUGCAGAUAUGCGCUCUCUUGUCUCUACCACUUAAUGCUAAAUCAUGUUAUGAUAGACCUGACAAGACUAUUCCUAUGUGUCUCAGCCAUUGGCACUCCUGUCUACAGAGUUUCAGAUGAAAGAGGACCUUUGGCUAAUCUCGGCUUUUGCUGAUUCUACACUGCAUCCACUGGAUCAGGGAAGGAUAAUCUUAACAGUUUUGUAUUAAAAAUAAUCUGACCAGCGAAAAGUUAAAUAUUUGAAAACAGAGGCCAAUAUUUUUGCAAGAAAGUGCAUAAACUGGAACAGAUGUCAGGUUGCAACUGGAGGUCCUAUACAUUCUGCUUGAAUAUUGAUUGUGCAGAGGAUAUGCAUAACACAUGUAUGUAUACGUACAUUUCUGUGACUGCAGAAAGAGACUGCACAGAGUGUUUAAAAACUGUUUUGCUCUUAUAUUGCACUGUUCCUUGAAUGUGUGGGAGUUGAGUAUGCAGAUACAUUUAUAUUUGUGUAUGUUUACAUGUACACACAGCUAUAGAACCUAGAAAAAUUAGCUCUAUGCUACAAGACAUGGGCCUACUUCAUGUUCUAAUAAUAUCUAUCCUUGCAUUAAUACACAAUCAGAAGCUGUUUGGGUGAAUUCUGCAUACAAAGUUGUAGAAUCCUAUCAGGUGGUUACAUUUUAUUUACUUUCUACAUCGUUAAUACAAAAAAAUUGGUUGAGUGGCGAAUAGUAACAUUACACUACAGACUAUUUCUUUUACCUUGCUUGCCCCCUGCCAUCCUAACCACCAUAGGCGCAUUGUGCACAAGAAGUAAGAGAAUACCAGCCACGUUUUCUGAGCUUCUGAGACAAUUGAUUUCUUUCAAGCCGGUACCAUUGCUGAUAGUUAAUCUUUAGAAUUUGGAAUUGGUUCUAUUCUUUAAUCCUCACCUACUUAAGUGGUUGAUUAGUCCAACCCGAGGCAUCUAUUCCCAGAAGGAAUAUAGCAACACCAUUUCUGCAUACAAUAGUAGGCUGACGUUUCUCAUUUGCACUUUUCAGUCUUAUCGCCUGCAUGCUGCUGUGAUUUCUUGGAGUGGUGCAAUAUGGUUUUUAAGCCAAAAAAACAUGUCCUGCAGAAAUGCCUAGCUUUACAUUCUGUCGGUCCAUGGUCUACUACAGGAAAUAGCGGUGAUUGCUCUAUUCCUUCUCAUUAGCCAGUCCUUUAACAAAAGCUAUAGGAGCAGAAGUACAUUGUGGCCAGGGAUGUAUAAAUAUUAUGUGUUCUUUUUUUUUUUUUGUUAGUGUAACUUGUAAAAGGAAAAUGAAAUUGGAAUAGAAGUUCUUGGCCCAACAUUACAAAAUCUAUGUAAACAACUGACUGCUUUUUGUAGACUUAUGUAAAUAGAAGUCUGUCUCUUGCAGUCAGUGGAGGCAUAUAUUUUCUGGACUGAACCAAUAUUUACUGGAAUGGGAAACUAGUGCCAGAACCAUUGACCCAUUAUAUUGGUCAUUGGGCACCUCAAUGAUAUCAUUAGAUCCUUGUGAAUGUAUAAGAUGUAUUCCCUUAAAUAUUGUUACAGCACAACACAAAAUAUAUACCUUCGCCUAGUGUGAGUGACGACUGCUCUUUAAUCAGAGUGUACCGGGAACACUUGUAGAUCAUACUACAUCUGUGCUGCUUACAUCUUCCAAAAUAAUUAUUUUAAUUGGAGACUGAAUUUAGAAAAAAAAAAAAAAGUGCACUGGUGUAUUAAUUUGUAACCAUUCUGUAUGCAUAUACUAUUUGAAAACAUAACUUUUGUCAAUAUAUGGGCCGAUUCUUUGAGAUGAUUUUGUAUUCUAACUGUUCUUUUUCUUUAACUUGUGUGUCUGCGGGUAUAGGCAAAGUAUGGUUCUUCAUCUGUUAAUUAUAUCUCCCAUUUAGUUUGCUAUGUUGUGUUGAUUAACAACAAGAGACUGGAUAUUGCCUACCACCAGGGGUGCUCACCAUGUGGCCCUCCGGCUGUUGUGGAACUGCACAUCCCAGCAUGCUCUGUCACAGUUCUGCUGUUGGGACAUGCGAAAGCUGUGGCAGGACAUCCUGGGAUGUGUAGUUCCACAACAGUUGGCGAGUGGCAGUUGAGCAACCAUGGCCUACACUAUUUCUGGUACACAGCUUCAAUGUUUGUAGAGAAGUUGCUGGGAAAGACUUGCCUUGGGAAUGAGCAAGUUAAUUAAACCCUCACUUGUAGAUAAGCUAUACGGAUGCUACAACUCACCUAUGCACAGCCUGAUAUGGGCUUAUUAUUUUAGUUAGAAUAAAUGAAGUAAAUAUUGGGGUGAGACUAAGAUGUGCCCAACACCCCAUGUUCUAUUUAAUUGUACCUACAUGAAAUUGAUGAAUUGUGUUUGUAUAUACAAUAAUAAAUAUUCUAUCUAAAGCACAUAGUGUGCAGAAGUGUCAGGAAAAUCAUGUUCAAUGCACAAUACCUAUAUCUGGAGGUACUAGGGUCUGUUAGAUUGCACAUUGGGCCAUAUGGUGAUCUUGGCAAACCUUAUGUUGGGAAGUACUUAUUGUACUGGGCCUUCUUAGCCAAGCCAAGAUGUUCAAAAUUGCAAAAGCAAAGUAGAGCCGGGCAAUGGCAGAAAGCUGGAGAAAAUGAUGAUGUUGAUAGUAAACAUUGCAUCAAGUGAUUAGUGUGGCAGGAACGUGCCCCAUUGGAAAAAUGUGCUUAGCUGUACGGUUUUUGCAGAGUUCAUUUCAAAUGUAACUUGUGGAGGGUUGUUCUGUGCUAUAUAGCAGAUUGUCUAAGCCAAUAUUUUUAAUAAAUGCCUCUGAGCAAACUGAAGAAUUAAAACUAAA